AAAAUCACAAUAUUUUUUCGGUAAUGAUUUCCAAUAAUCGGCCAUGAUUAUAAAUGAAGUUACAUCAGCUGUUUGCCAGUUGUUAUAUAAAAAACCAUUUCAUCUGAAACAACAAAUAAAAUCGGCUAUUUAAACCUGAUUGGACAUUGUUUUCAAAUUAUUUAUAAUUAUGGGAAAUUUAUUUGGUCGAAGUAAAGCACGAGCGGCCAGAGAAGCUAAAGUUUCAGCCACUGAUCGUGCCAUUCUGCAAAUCAAGCAACAACGUGAUAAAGUUAAAAAAUAUCAGAAACGUUUAACAGCACAGAUUGAUAAUGAAGUUGAAAUUAUAAGGAAAUUGGUCCAACAAGGUCAGAAACAAAAAGCAUUGUUAUUAUUGAAAAAGAAAAAAUAUACGGAAAAAGUUUUGGAAAAAACCGACAAUGAAUUGAUGACUAUCGAAAAUUUGAUCAUGGAUAUUGAAUAUAAAAAUGUCGAACAAAAUGUUCUGAAAGGAAUCGAAGUCGGUAAUGAAGCAUUGAAAAAAUUGAAUGCCGUAUUCAGUAUUGAAAAGAUUGAAGCAUUACUUGAAGAGACUGAAGAAGGAAUUCAAAAACAACAGGAAAUAAACGAACUUAUAACCGGUAUUCGAGUUGGAAAUGAAUUAUCCGAUGAAAAUGAUGAUGAACUAAAUGAAGAAUUGAAUAAUAUUCUUGGCGAACAAGAAAUUCAAAGAGAACUUCCUGAAGUUCCUACAGAAGAACUACCUGAAAUUGGUAAGCAUCCCGCAUUGAUCGGCAAAACGUUCAAAAAUUUUUAUGUUUUUUUUGUCGUUAUAGAAAAACCAGAAAAAAUCAAAGCAACAAAAGAAAAACGGGAACGUUUAUUGGUUGAAGCUCAAUAGCUUUGGAAAGAAAAAAACCUUCUUAGGCCAAUCACUGUCAUUUGUUUUAUAUAUAAUAAUACUGCAUUGUAAUGAUUCAAAUUUUUUUUUCUUUCAU